AUGGAGAUGAAGAUACAGAUACAAAUAGAAAUACAUGGGGAUGUGAAGGCGGUGAAAGAUCGGAGUAUAGCCAAGGGCGCGAAGACAGAGAGCGUGAGGGGCAGAGGGCAGUCCGGGCGGAGGGCGAGAGGCGCAGCGGUUAUGGAGGACGAAAAUACUUAUGAUCCAUCAAAGGAUCCUAAAAGAAAAGCCAAGUCUAAAGACCCCGGUUGGAAGUAUGGAUUUUGGCCAGAUUUAAGUAAAAAAGAGUUGAUCGGAUGUACGUUGUGUGGAAGACAAAUUAGCCAAGGCAUUAAAAGAUUGAAACAACACUUGGCUAAGGGGUAUGGAGAUGUUGUUGCAUGCCCGAAUACAACAACAGAGAUUAUGAAAGAAAUGCGGGAGUAUAUCUUAAAAAAUUCAAGGAACAAACAACUAAAUUUGGAUGACGAUGAUGGGGAUAAUGGUUCACAAGAAGUGUCAAUGGAACCAACACAACCAAGACAACCAUCAUCUCACGACUCAAUUACUCAUCCAAGUUCGGGGACUAGUUCUAAAAAGAGGCAGUCGGCUUUGAGGUUUGCACAACCGGCGCAAAAAACAAUUGCGGCAAUGGUUAGGAAAACCCCUGAAGAAGUUGUGGAAGAAAGGCGUAGCAAGGGUUAUCAAAGAACCCUUGAAGAUUGUACAAGAACUAAAGAAGAGAAAGAGAGAACAGCAAUGCAUGUUGCAAACUGUUUCUACGAGUGUGGCAUUCCUUUUAAUGUCGCAAAUGCCUUUAGUUCUGAGGUCAUGUUAGAGUCCGUUGCACAAUUAGGACCCGGGUGGAAACCUCCUAGCUAUCAAGAACUGCGGGUCUCACUCUUAGAGAAAGCAAAAAAGGAAAUAGAUGUGUUGAAAGACAAACACAAGCUGGCUUGGAGGCGGUAUGGGUGUACUUUGAUGUCCGAUGGAUGGACUGACAGAAGAAAUCGACAUUUGAUAAACUUUCUUGUAAACAGUCCGGAGGGGACGUUUUUCUUGGAAUCUAUUGAUGCAUCGAGCGAAUCCCAUGAUGCCAACAUGUUGGCUAGGUUACUAGAGAGCAAGAUUCAAGAGAUAGGCACAGAAAAUGUUGUCCAAAUUGUGACAGAUAAUGGUGCUAAUUACAAAGCAGCGGGCAAGUUGUUGGAAGAUAAGAUACCUACACUGUUUUGGACUCCAUGCGCGGCACAUUGCUUGGACCUAAUGUUGGAAGACAUUGGCGAGUUAGUUGAGUUCAAACAGAAGAUUGAAAGUGCUAGACGCAUCACUACCUUCAUAUAUAGGCAUGGAAGGAUCUUAAAUGCUAUGAGGGAGUUUACUGGUGGUAAGGAUCUUGUGAGACCCGGAGUAACUCGAUUUGCCACAGCUUUCCUUACAUUGCAGAGCUUAUACAGGCAUCAGAAAGCUUUAAAAAACUUGUUUGUUAGUGAUAAUUGGACUACUUCUAAACUAGCAAACACACAAGCUGGAAAGAAGAUCUAUGACUCGGUAUUUUCUACUCGUUUCUGGUCUGGGGUGGAAGAUUGCAUUAAGGCUUCUCAACCGAUUCUUGUUGUAUUGAGAAUCGUAGAUGGUGAUGAGAUCCCUGCUAUGCCCGAGGUUGCUAUGGCUAUGACUACUGCAAGGAGGAAAUUGAAUGAAGCGUUUGCAAGUCAAUCAAGGUUGCUGGCAAGAUUGAUGGAUAUUGUGGAUAGACGUUGGCAAGAUCAAAUGGGAGUUGACUUGUAUGGAGCAGCAUUGUUUUUAAAUCCGUCCCAUUAUUUUGAUUUGAAAGUAAGUGAUAGUGAAUAUGCUUCUAAGCAGCGGGCCAUGUUUAAUGAAGUGCUUGAGAAGAUGGUUCCAGAUCAACAAACACAACUCAAAAUAGCCAAUCAAGUUGAUGAGUAUGAUUAUUUGCGAGGAAGUUUUGGGAAGCAAUUAGCUAUCAACCAACACAAAAACAAAACUCCUCUUGAUUGGUGGAUGGCUUUUGGAGGCAAUCAUUUUGAGCUCCAAAAAUUAGCACUGCGCAUUAUUUCCCUCUGCUGUUCAUCUGCCGGUUGUGAACGUAACUGGAGCACCUUUGAGUUCAUUCACACAAAAAGAAGAAACCGAUUAGAACAUAAACGGUUGAAUGACUUGGUUUAUGUGAAGUAUAACCGGAAGAUUGUUAGUCGGUUUCAAAAGCGGCGUGAGGAAGGAACAAACUUCAACCCAUUAGUUCUUGAAGAAUUUCAAUGGGAAAAUGAAUGGGUGGAUGGUACUAAUCAUAAUGAUAAUGUUCAUGUCGGUGAGGACCUCACUUGGAGUCUUGUUGAUGAGGUGCUUGGUGCUUCAGCAAAUUUGGAGGGAAGAAAUCUUCCUACAAGAGCACAUGCAGGUGAAGGCACGAGUGCACCAAUACAUUAUUCCCGGCGUCGCAAUACUUCAUCAAUGGGAGGUUUGAGGGAUGAAGUAGAUGAUGAAGAUCCUUUCCCAAAUGAUGAUGAAGAUAUUGAUGAUGAUGAAGAAGAUGAGGGAAUUGAGAGUGAUGAGGAUAAUGAUGGUGGUGCAGGGCUCGGGAUUGAUUUAAUGGAUGCUUAA